CAACAGCAUCAGCAACAUCAGCAACAGCAUCAGCAACAUCAGCAACAGCAACACCUGCAACAACAGCAACACCUGCAACAACAGCAACAACAUGGAUGUACUCAUGCAUGAUGCGUUACAUUGGUACAGAGACCUAAUGGACAAUAAAAGUGAUCCGCGCGUGAACAACUUCUUUCUGCUCUCCUCGCCGCUGCCCACACUUGGCUUGUGCAUAUUUUAUGCAUACUUCAGCAAAUCGCUGGGCCCCCGGCUGAUGGCUAACCGCAAGCCCAUGGAUCUCCGCAAGGUGCUAGUGUACUACAAUGCAAUACAGACCAUAUUCAGCGCGUGGAUUUUUUAUGAGUACUUAAUGAGCGGCUGGUGGGGUCAUUAUAGCUUCAAGUGUCAGCCCGUCGACUACAGCAACAGUCCCAUGGCCAUGCGGAUGGUCAAUAUCUGCUGGUGGUACUACAUAUCAAAGUUUACAGAAUUCUUUGACACGCUCUUCUUCAUAUUGCGCAAGAAGAACGAGCACGUUUCAACGCUGCAUGUCAUACACCACGGCUGCAUGCCGUUCUCGGUGUGGAUGGGCCUUAAAUUUGCACCGGGUGGCCACAGCACUUUCUUUGCCCUGCUAAACUCGUUUGUACACAUUGUGAUGUAUUUCUAUUAUAUGAUUGCUGCCAUGGGUCCAAAGUAUCAGAAGUUUAUCUGGUGGAAGAAAUACCUAACCACCUUUCAAAUGGUACAAUUUGUGGCCAUAUUUACGCAUCAGUUCCAGCUGCUGUUCCGGGACUGCGAUUACCCCAAGGGCUUCAUGGUCUGGAUUGGCCUGCAUGGCGUGAUGUUCCUAUUUCUGUUCUCCGAUUUCUACAAAGCCAAAUACCUAAAUGCGCAGCGUCGUCGCCGCGAGGCCAUCAAGGCCAAUGGCCACUCCAACGGCGUUCACACGAACGGCAAAGUCAAGCAUUUGGGCAGUGGCGAUCCCCAGCUAACCAAUGGCGGCCACAAGGGUGCCUGUAUGCCCGUUUUGGAGGAUGAAUAUGUGAAUAGCAAUGGGCAUGUGAAUGCCUAUCAGGAUGGUUACUUCAAGGAGGGCGUACUAUCUACCAACGAUGCCAUCCUGAAUCCGGACAGCAGUAGCUCUAGUCUUCAUCAGCGCAAAGUCAAAUAACUACUACUAAGACGUACUACGAUGAUAUUCAUUAUGUUUACUUUAAGUGUUUAGCAAGUAACUAAAUUGAUAGAGCAGAUCGAAACAGGCUGACGGCAGAAUAAUAAUGCGUCCAUGCAAUUAUGACCAUUGGCAACAAAAAGCAACAAAAAUCAGAAAAAAUCAGCAAAAUCUAAAAAAACAAAAGAAAAGUAAUAAACCAUUAUUUGAUUUUAGUAAUUUAUGAUAAAUAUGAUUGUAAAAGCAAGCCAGAUAUUAGUGUAUAAUGUGAAGCCACAUGGCUCACAUAUAUAUAUAUAUAUGUAUUUAUAUAUAUAUAUAUAUAUGGGCAGACCAAAAACCAGAACCAGGGAACCUAAUUUCCCUCCACCAACAAGACCAUCAGCACCACUGUAGCCGAAGCCGUCAGAUAGAUUAGGAGGAGGAUAACAGAAUAGAACUGCUUUAAGAAAGAAAUGUUUAUAUAUAUCUAUAUAUAUAUAUAUUGUCGAUUGUAUUAUUCCCCCAAAUAAUAUUCUUACGCCCACAUAAAUGAACAUAUUUUUUGUAAAAAUAUUUGUAGGCUAAAUUUGUAAUUCUCAAUUUGAGGCGUAUUCUAAACUGGGCAACAGAUAUCACAUUUAUACGAUAGGGCAAAUUGACAAAUCCCCACUUAAUACAACAACAAUAAUAAAUAUAUAUAUAUAAAUAUAUUUACUUAUGUAACGAUACACUCACACACACACACACACACACAAAUAUAACUAGGCAUUAUCAUUAAUAUGAGAAAUUUGGAUAACAAACUGAGACGUCAACCUAACGAUAAAAGAUAACAAAACAUGCUCUUAAGCCUGCUUUAAACUUAAACGUUAAACUAAUUGUAGCUUGUUUUUGUAUAUUGAAAGAUAGAGAGAGAGAGAGAGAGAGAGAGAGAGGGAGAGAGAGAGAACAUGUUUGUUGCAAUAUUUUGUAAAUGGUCUAAUAGUUAAAACUUAUAUAUAGUGCGACGUUGUAGUUAGCUAGCCAAUUGCAAACUAAAACAAAAACUAAACAAAUUUAGCACAAAAUGCUAAUGCUGCGAAAACAACAACAAAACAUUAUGGAGGAAUAGCUUUAGACUUUAAGUGUAAAACAGCUGAAGGAGCAGACAAUCGGUUCGGCGUUGAGCCCCCAACCCCAUUUGAAAACUAGAAGCAAACGAAAUUUAAACAAACUCCCAAUACCUUAAACAUUUAUAUGUAUAACCAUUUUGUUUCACAUUUCAUUUUUAAAUAUUUCAAUUCUCGGUGUGGCUUUUGUGCGUAGGUUUUUUUUUAUAUUUGUUACCCUCUAUAUUUGGUUUGUAAAUGUUAAAAUAGUUUUUUAUUUGGCGCUUAGCGAAAUGAAAAAAAAAAAGAGUUAAGAGUUAUUUGUACUACAGUCUGUUAAACUGUGCAUUGGUUUCUUUGUUAAGUUGUGGUUUAAGCUGACAAGUUCAAAAACUAUGGAAAACAUGAGAAAAAAGCUUAUUAAUUUAUAUUAAAGAAAUAUGAAAGCAAA